AUGGUGGCUGAGUCGCCUCUCGGCGGCAUGACGGGAGGUGUUGGUUCGAUAACCCUGACCGAAACCGCCCCUUCUCGUCCGCCGCCGAAGAAGAGGAGACGCGCCGUUAUAUCAUGUGUCGAGUGUCACCGGCGCAAGCAAAAAUGCGACCGGGAGCUCCCUUGCGCCAACUGCAAGUUCCGUAACAAAGAAUCGGUCUGCCGUUAUGAGUCGUCGGUGCCAAGUCUAAGGACGUCUACUCGGUCCAUAUCACCCGUGACAUCUACUUCUACUUCCGAUGUAGGCCCUGCGCGCCCACCGGCAUCCGCCCGGCGCAUGUCAAAGGCGGCGGCGAUGGCGGAGUCUAGGGACGAUGGCGAUGCCAAAACCCAAGCAUCCAACUCACCGAGUACCCAGGGCAGCUGCGAGGAGUUGAGGGAUCGGUACAAGAGUCUUAUUCGACACCUCCCCGCCAAAUGCUAUAUCGACCAGCUUGUGGGCAUUUAUUUUGCAGAGGUCAACUGGCACACCCAUUUCAUUGACCCGCACGAGUUUAUGAAAUUGGCCGAACGAUGGAGCCAGAUUCCCUUCGCAGUCUUCCAGAAAACGGGCCCCAUGUCUCUUCCACCGAAAUUGAGGGUCUUUCCCGCUCUGCUGUUCCAGGUUUUAGCAACCGUUCUUCUGGUCGUACCCGACGAUCCAAGGGGGCCCUUUGAGUCACUCAAAUAUGCCGUGACGAUGUCGCUUCGGGAUCUCGCUAUAGAUUAUAGCGAGACAGGCCACGCCCUCUUGUCCUUGGUCGGCAGGCCUGAAGUUACAAUCAUAAAUGUACAAGCGGGGAUGGCCCGUUGCGUUCUUUUCGCCUAUCUGGCCGAUAUUCUUGGAUCUUGGAAUUCCCUCAACGAGGCGCUGACUGACGCGCGGGAGCUCGGCAUCCAUGACGAUUUAUUUGAUCCCAAGCCUCCGAGUUCGACACUCCGGGAUAUUCUGGAGACAGAGUGGGAUACUCACUUUUCUUUGAUUCUGGGAAAGCCUCCGUUUAUCGAUCCUCAGCAGAAGCGACCUAGUCUUCCUGUGGAUUGUGUUCCGCCAUACGACAAGUCCACUUGCCCUGUGAGAUUACGAAAUGAUGAUACUGACCCACCAACACCGUUGACGCGCAGUCUCUGGCUUUUCAAACUUGCCGGCCCUCUGAGAGACUCCAAUUUCUCUGAAAAUGUAGGCAUGGAUUGCAUGGACUUCGCGCGAGCUGAGCUCGUCGGAAGGCAGGUCGUUGAGACGGCCCAGAAAAUCCCUGGCUAUUUCCGACUUGAAUCGACUGAUUGGCGCUGGGAUAACCAUCCGGACUGCCCUUGGCUAACGUCAUCGCGAUUCUGCUUCGACCAAUGGGUUCAGUUCCAUAUCAUGGUAUUGCACCGCUCGUACAUUUUAAAUCGGUCUCUGAGUCGAACAGAGGCUCUUAGGGCAGCCAUCAAACUACUGAGUUCUCAGCAAAUCCUUUAUCAAGGGACGGUAACGAAUUCGUGGAGAAACUUCAUGCUAUUCUUUGGUACUUUCGACGCUCUUAUCCUAAUCACCAUGAUCUACACCCUGUUCCCAAGAGAGAACGUCCGUCUCUAUGAGGAUGCAAAACCGCAGUUCGACUGGACCAUCAAGCGCUAUCAGGCGAUGCAAGAUGUCAAUCCUCUUGCCACGACGGUAAAGUCGGCGGUUGAGGCGAGCUUUAGGCGAAUGAAGAGGACGGUUAUGUCGACGAUGAGAGCGGCCGAUCCUCUGAGCAUCGCCAGCAUCUGUACGAGCCCGCCGAUCCCUAGCUCCCCUAUAAUGUCGGAUGAAGACACCCCUUCCUCAAGCCGUUGCUCUGUUCCCGAGAAUCGUCUUUGCUUCUUUACUCGGUGGUUCGGGAAUCGUGGUUCCGCCGGAGAUGCUGGAGCCCCGGCGUCUCCACCCAAGGCGGGAAUACCCGAGCAGAACCUUGAUAUUUCGGCGUCGUGUCCCGUGGGCUAUUUGGUCUUUAACUCUGGGGGGUGUUGUGUGGCGGGCGAUACUCCUCAGUCGACGAUGGGGGAUGAUCGGAUGGUCAGAAGCGAAGGGUGA